AUGGAGGAGGUGAUGGUCAGUUGGCGGGACAGAGGUAGGGGCGGCGGCUCGACGAAUCUCGAUGGCACAGGAGCAACCACAAGCGAAGGCGAUGUCGCUCUUCCCCUCGGCCCCGGUGAAUGGGAAGAAGGCAUUGGUCUGCCACUCUGCGUUGUCUGUCAGAAUGCGGAGAAAAUGGAGCCUCUCGAGAAGACACAGGGUUGGAAGGAGGGUGACUUUGAUCAAGUGCUGCAGUAUCUCCGCACAGCGCUUCUACGGCGUAUUUUGGUGCACUCGAGUCUGGGUAUCACAUCUCUACUGAAACGGCAACCCCUGAAACAUAAUGUGAUCGACAGGGACAAGAUUCUCGUUCCGCCAAACUGGGACUCCUGGGGCAAGAUUCGCGUGCUGAGGGACGGCUUCGACGUCGAGACCACCAGCCAAGGCUGGUCGCAUGAUUUACAAUCCACGUUCCCGUCACCCGCAAUGACUACCGAGGGCUUAAACAUCCUCGCAAAGGCUAAGGCAGACGGCGAUUACAACGGCGAAGUAUGGUCCUCCGCGGUGGCGCCGUACGAAGAUUGGAUCCGUGACCUCAGCAAUGCCGGAAGCGCAAUUUCCUUCGCAGGACGCGACGGAGACCCUUCGCAGCUGGAGAUGUCGUCAACAGAUACCCAAGAGUUCUUGGGCUCCAGCCUUCAAGUACUAGAAUCGCACCGUAGCCGUACCACCGAUGACAAGAAGGCCGACGCCUCGAAGUCGAGAGCAGGCCAGCGGAGCGACGACUCGGACUCCGGUGCUUUGCGGCAAGGAACCGACGGCAAGGUUAGCCAGCACAUUGGACCUGUACAAUUCAACAUGGGAGGCAUCCAGGUGGAUGCCGACGACAUGGUGCAGCGGCUCAAGGCAUACAGUGCUACACCGGAUCCCACUACGCCACCGGGUGACGCCGCCGAGGAGAACCCUGAUGAGAUGGACAACGACAAGCUCCAGGCCUUCUUCAGCGGCUUGAUGAACCGCAAACAACCCGCAAACGGCAGCCCCCGCGGCGGUUCUUGA